GAAAACUAUUUCUGUGUACGUUGACAAAGGAGGAAUACUUCUGGUUGUAGAAAGACCGCUCUCCGAUUAUCUUAUAUAUCAGCAUAUAAUUCGUGGUACGUAAUCUUGCAUGAUGAACAAAUUCAGCUGUAAUCAGUAAACUUCUACUUGUUCGAGAUCAAGGCAACAAAUUUUCUCUAUUUUAGUUAUCAUUUUGUCCACACAGCAAUAAGAUUUCAUAGGUCAGUUCUUAUAUAAAUAAAUAUAAAUAAUGAAAUCUCUGACUGAAGGUGUUUUUUACAGCAGCAAGCCUGCAGACGGAUAUUCUCAUUGAUGUGAAUACUGAAAUAGUCAUAGUUGGCAAGAUAUCAUUUAUUAUUUAUAUAGUUACUGUAUUCUAAACCCUUCCAGUCUUUUAGUUAAGGAACCAAAUGACGCCAUCCAGGAUUUUUACAGCAUUACUCUUCACAAGUGUAAGUAUAAAUACCAAUUUGUUCGCAGGGUUGUUCUAUAUAACCUGAUCCCAGUGUAUAAGCCCACCAUAUUCAAUAAAGCUCAGGCCAUUCCGAAUACAAGCCGCCCGACCCUCCCCCCCACACACACAAUGUUGAUAAAACAUUGAUUAUUAUAACCCUGUUAAGCAGUGUCCGCCGUUAGGUGGAGGUAUUGCGAGAUGUCAAUCUGAUUGAAUUAUUUCUUAUACAUGCUCAAUAUGUGCUCCUGUGCCCCCCAGUUCCACAUAUCGUACUAUAGCGUAUAUGCCAGCGUCAUGAAAAAUAUCACUCAUACGCUGGUAUACGUUGACAUAUACGUAUACGCUAGGGGUACGUUAGGCAUAGGUUCCCCGUUGUACACGUUUCAAGCACGGUCACAUACGGUGGUAUAUACAGUACGCUGGCAUAUACGACGAGGCCCGGCGAGACAGAAACAUUUUUUGAAGCAUGGAUGGGUUAAACAUUUUGUGCGUAUUCAAACGUACCGUAGCGGUGACUACGCCAGAUGUACGGUACUCAUACGCUGGCAUUUUAAGGGAUUUUUGUAAUUUUGUGCGUAUGAAAAUUAUUUCAUUAAUUUCCAUACGUUUCUCUCAUACGCAAUAGCCAGUGUGCAUGACAGGGCCUUAUAAACUUGCACAUGUGCACAUGCAGGGUUAACGUUGGAUUAACCGGCGUUUCGUGAGGCCCGUGGCAUUUUAAACGCUGUCACUGAAUAACUGAAUUCAAGAAUAUAUUUUUGUAUUCCAUGCGUCCUGUGUUUUAAAAAAAAAAUAUAGCUAUACAUAAUGAUUUGAACUAAAAAUCAACCCAGUUUAACUCAACUCAUACAGCACGUUGUACAAUCAGCGAUAAUGGUUGAUAGCUGCAUAUUACAUUAUAUAAUAUAUUGCAAUACUUGGACUUUAAAGCAAAAGUUGUAAACGAAAAGUAUGUACCAGCUGAGCAAUCUGUUUGUUUGGGCCCAGCGCCAAAACGGAACAAAAAAUUCGAAACGAGUAAGCGCGUGCAUGGGCCCACAUGCAAUAUAGCGCGGAGCCCGUGCAUGCAGGCAUUGCCAUAAUGCCGCUUCUGUCAUAUGGUUAAUCCACCCUGAUCACACAUGCAUAAAACACUAAAAUAUAGUUCAAAAUAAAAAAUACGGAUAAAUGUGAGGAUAAAAAACAUGUUCAAAUAAACAAACCUUAAUCUUCAUUUUAUACAUCCAAUUUUAUAUUUUUUUGCAGAUGAUGUUUUACACCUCUAAAGGUAUAGUCGUGUAAUUAUUACUGUUACUUCAUAUACACAUUCUUUUUGGCGAAUUCCUUCGCCUGGAAAGGCGCUCGAAACGCCGGAAUUGUUGUUAUAUUUUUCACACAGUUUGAUCCUGCAAUUCCUGAAGGAAUAAUAUAUUUUAACCUAAUUCACAGCUCGGCCAUUGAAACCGCAGUGCUUACAUGAUUGUGUUCCAUGUCCUCUUGGCUCCCUGCAAUCUCGUCGCGAUCUCACUUUGAUAGGGGUUACUCAAAUACCUGAACCUGUCUGCCCACCUUGUAACCCUUGUGGUAGAGGUAUGAGUUUAAACAACAUGGAAAUAGUAUACUAGUUCUUGUCGAAAUUGCAAAUAAUCUGCCCGCUAAGAAUUCGUAUUAGUUUGAUAUUGAUUGAAAACAUACAGAAUCAUGCUGAAAUUCUGUCUCUGCAGUUAGAAUGCAUGAUAUGUAUAUAAGAAGUUAUAAGACCAUUGAAUGCCUUUCAAUACAAACAAAUUAUAUCCUUUAUUACUUUAUUACUUUAUUCAAUUUAAAAACGUUUCUGAUUGUUGCCAUUGCCGUCCUUCCGAUAAUAUCACAUAAAAUAAUCUCACAUUAAUUUUUUAUUUGAUAUAGAUAAUGUCAGUCCAUGUCAAAAUAUCAAAUGCCCAAAGCGUCAAUUUUGUGUAAUUGACGUGAAAACUGGUACACCAAAAUGUACACGAUAAUCUUGCUUGACCUGAAAAUUUACACCUCACGGUUAUUGAUUCUGUUGAAUCUCGGUGCAAGGAUUUCAAUGGGACGAUUUAAUUACUACUCGAUUUAUUAUAAUUACUACUUCAUCAAUGUUGUCACAUGCGUAACUCUAUACUGCAUGGAUUCAUGUGUAUAUUAGAAUACAAACAAAGUUAGUUAAUAAAAUGUCCUAUUUUUUUCAUCUUUGACGCAGUUUACGUUUCAUCUCAUAAGAUAUGAUUACCUGC